UUGUACGUAAUAUUCAGAAUUUGCAACGUUGUAAUUGACAUAAAACUUAGACAAUUAUUAAGUUGAAAAAUACGCACGAUUAGUGGAGCGUCUUCCGCUGCAUAAUAAAAUGGACGAACUGCUACCUGGUCCACCCGGAGUCGAUAUGGAUACGAAUGAAAAAAACGAGGAAUCUAUGGCGGCGAAUCGCAAAAGCAGCAAAUCACGCUCACGCCGACGCUCGACUUCACCAACAGCGCGACGGCGACGUUCGCCCUCUCGCUCACCAUCACCUGUAACGCUACCAUCCCGGCGACGUUCGCCCUCGCGUUCACCUUCACCACCACCGCGCCGGGGACGCUACGAUUCUACCGAGUAUGGACGCUAUGGACCACGCAGGCGCUACGAUCGGGAUAGGAGACGCUCACCGGAUCGCCGACGGUCUCCCCCACGACGUGGUCGACGGGAUGGACGCUUUGGACGCUCUCGAUCGCGAACUAACUCCCCGCCUAGACGUGGCAGACGAUCCGGGAGUCCUGGUGGACGCUGGUCACCCAAAAAGAAGCCGUCUUCGCCGCCCCUGCCGCCGCCAUCCGGACAACAGAUGCAAGGAGGGCCACCACAGUUGGCGCAUCCAGGUCAACAACCAUACGGAGUAAUGCCGCCUCAAAUGUACAGCCAGGGUCCGUAUGGAGCACCACCGGGCGUGUAUGGACACCAAUAUGGUAUACCACCGCCAAAUGCAUUUCAAGCCCAGGGUCCACCAGCAGCAUAUGGCAUGCCAGGACCGCCGCCAACGCAAGCUGAUUUCAGUGCGGGCUAUGGGCCUCCACCGCAGGGAGCCUGGGGCGUAAAUGAAUACGGACAGCAGGUCUGGAUACCGCAGCCAUUGCCAAGUGUUCCACAAGCGACGCCGGAGACUCUUGCGCAACCACAACAGUCGCUUGUGCAGCCCACGCAGCAGCAGCCACAACAACAACAGCAAAUGUUGCCUGUUCAGGAGUCAUCUGUACCGGAGGAGUUGCCGUCGGCAACGCGUGAGAGUGGAGGUUUGCCGCCACAGGACGCCGUUGCCCAGGAGGCAGAGAACCAAAAGGACGAGCUUAAGAAGCAACGCGCCAACUACGUGACGAAAGUAACUCUGCUCAAAAAGGAGAUGAAAGUGUUGAAAGAGCAACGUGAAGAUUUGGCCGCUGUAGAUGAACCGCCGUCGCCCACAACGCAGGAUUUCAUAGCGCAGAACGAUUAUUUGCAGGGGCAGAUAAAAAAGAAAUUGGACACUAUAGAGAAUGUUAUUGACAUGUUAAACGGCCUCAUUGGCGACGAGGAUCCCGAUGAUGAAACCGAAGAUGCACCAGAACCGUCAGCAAUACGCAUCAAGACACAGGCUAGCCUGGAACAGGUGACUAAAGCGGCACCUCAAUCGGAAAAUUCGGCAUCCAGUGAUAGUUCGGACGACAGUUCGGAAUCGAGUGAUUCAACCAGCUCCUCAUCGGACUCUUCAUCUGAGGGUGACGAGGAGAAUGGCGAUGGUAGCCCCACAAAUCGCCUUAAGCAUCGCGCAAUCAAAUCAAUGAAAGCGAAACAGCGCAAUGUUGAAGCUUCAACGAAAGCUGCUCAGCCAGCCCCACAAAAUUACAAUUUGGUGUUUUUCGAUCCCGAACAGCACUGGUGUUCCAGCUGUGGUGUGUUCCCGAAGACAGCUCGCGACUAUCUCAAGCACUUACAUGCCGAGGAGCAUAUGAACCGCGACACUAUAGAAACGCCUUGGCACAUCGAUAUCGACCACGAUCCGUUUCCAAGUUUUGAGAAUGCCCCCACAAAACGGGUGCCAGUGCGGGGUAUGCAAUUCCUGGUGCCUGCCUCAGCAUGGUACUGUAAAUUGUGCAGGGUCUGGAUUGGUGACUUACAUUGUGCAUCGGCUCAUCUAAAGUCGAAAACUCAUUCCAACCGUUAUGACACAUUUCUUAAAAAGAGUCCUAACUACGAGACCGAAUGGCUGGCCGAACGGGAGCGAGCGUUGCAGCAGAAAGAGAGCGAGGAUGCCAAGCAAAAGAAAUCCAAAAAGGAUGAAGAAAAGGCCGUCAAGAAGCGCAAAAAGAAGAGCACCGAGAAGAAGAAAAAGAAACGGAAGCACGGAAAGAAACAGAAGAAAGCGGCAAAUGCUGCGGCCAAUGACACAUCGUCCUCAUCGGACGGCUCCUCGUCGGAUGAUGAACAGCCACAACCAAAGAAAUUACCCGACGAAGAAGCUGUUUUGCAACUAUUAGAGAAGCAAGCCAAUGCAUCCAUACUUGUUGCGAUGCGCAAGCAGGAAACGCCAGUGACCAAGGAGGAGCCAGUGAUCCAGUAUCCUGUCGCACCACCACCGCCGCCUAUCAUUAAAGAUUCACUCAGUACCCACACACGACUGAGUAAGUGGACACCAGCUGGUGGAGUGGAGCCCGCAAUCAGAGCUGCAGCCGAUUUGGAGGAACAGAAGAAACGCGACGAAGCAAUGAUGCAACAAUGGAACACUGUUCAGCCAGUCAUCAGCGAGAGUGAGAAGAAACUUUUGGAGCAACUAAAGGGCAAGCUAAAGAGCAAAGGACGCGAUACGGACGACACGACCAAUUUGGCGCCUAGGGAUACUACAGGACCACCACAGUCGCAUAAUGAAGAGAAGUCGCGACGCGUUGAAAGAGGUAGGCGAUCGCGUAGUCCAGUGGCCAAGCGACGUAACUCCCGUUCCAGACGCAGCAGUUCAAGAGGAGGCCGCGACGACUAUGAUAGUCGGCGGAGGAAGCGUUCCCGGAGCAGGGAUCGCAGUCGUGGGCGCCGACGGUACUCACGUUCUCCACUGCGAAACAGAGAGAGACGCAGCCGUUCCCGUGAUGCUCGUCGACGUCGCAGCCGUUCCCGCAGUCGUUCGCGCUCCGGCAGCCGGGAACAUGGUGCCGUCAGUCGCGUUGAACGCCCCGUCGUAAAACAUUCCGAGUUCAGGCCUCGUACUGUGCCCGAACGCAAAGGGCCGGAUUCCAAGCGAGACAAAAAAGAGUCUGCGUCAAAGUCUAAAAGCUCCAAGAAUUCGAGUAGCAGCGCAUCUGCGGCGGCAGCAGCGGGUGGCAAGAAGUUGCCUUUUAUUGGUAAGAUGCCAGUAUUCAAGAAACAGCCCUCAACGCAAACUGGAACCGGUAUCUAUGGCGAGAUGGGCCUUCCUUACACCAACGGAACUGAGAUGAUGGCUCAACCUCCUCCUCCACCUCCCCCAGAUGCACCAGGACAGCCUGCUACCUCUGGUGCUGUGCGUCCGCCUGCACCAACAGUGGUUCAAAUCCAAAUGGCUAUGAUGGAAGAUGCAUAUGGCAAUGCGCCUCCAUUCCAUCCCGAUGCAGGCAUGAUGAUGGACUAUGAUGAACUGAUGCCAGAUCCGGUGCAGUUUGCCAAUCUCAUGACUGCUUGUCCACCACCCCCACCACCGGGCAACAGCGCCGAGGGACCCGCUAUUGGCAAUGGCAAACCUUCUUUAGAAGAUGGCGAGAUUGAUGGGAAUGAAGAGGAUGACGUUCUGCCGCCGGGCAUUGAUGAAUCCGAAUCUGAUCUGUCCACUCAGCCUUUAGAUGUGGCCUCACAACCUCGAGAUGGCGAACUUCCCAAAGACUUCGCUGAAGCACUUGACAUUAUCUUUCCCUCUGAGCGACCUGCUGAUGAAGCGGCUGAGAGCCCCGCACCGGCUGAGCCACCAUCAACAAUCACAACCAUUGUAGAAGAUGAGGCGGUAAUGGACGAGCACAGUCUGCAGGAUUUGGCCAAGCAGGGUAUACAUCUGGUAACAAUCGAAGAGACCACUCAGACCUCCUUGCCGCCCACAAAUGUGCAACCUAUUGAGAAAUCUAGCAAGUCGUUGAAUUCACCUAUGCAGAUGGACGGUGACUCCCAAAACGAUGUGUAUAACAAAAAUAGUGCAGUACACCAAUUGCAGCCGCUUUCCAAUGGAAAUGGCGGUGAUGUGAAAGAGCCAGCGGAAGCCGCGGCAACUAUUCCCAUUAGCUUGAAGCAUGUGGAAGCAGUUGAUAUACCUAUGCCAGGAUCACCGCCACCGCCACUUUUGUCAGAUGCGAAAGAAGACGCGCCUGAGUCAAAUCCAACGAAACCUGUUAGCGAACUGGUUGAUGUGGCGAAUAUACCGCAACCGCCGGUAUCGCCCACUGGCAGCGAAAAGAUGCGGCGUCAGGCGGAGCUGGACGAAUUGGCAAUGCUGGGCAUCGAUAGCAGCGACAUGGCUGCACAAUAUGCGUUAUAAGAUUUCAUUUGACUUUUCCCAAGAAACUCGGCUGCCGGUGGAUGCGUCCACACAUACAAAAACAUACAAAAAUUGGCUUCUACAGCAGCAAGAACAACUGCAUCUGUGGCAGCAAUCUCAACCUGAUCGUCAUAGCUAUAUGAUAUUUUUGUAGUGUCGGGACACAUAUGGACAGUGUGUUUAUAUAACAAUUGUUUUAAAUUAAUGCACAUAUAUCUGUGUAAUGUAUGUAUAAUCCAGAUUCAAAUCGAAAUCACAUGCCGCAGACCGACAACUGGAACUUAUUCCCAGAUCUAAAUGCAAAAAGGCAUUAAAAAAGUAAUGAAUAUAUAUCACACAAGUUACUGUAAAAAAUAUUCUAUUAAACAUCAUAAUUACAA